AGUCUUCAACUGCCUCAAACUAUUGUUAGUGCCAUGAUUUUCUUUGUGGUACCUUUCCCUUCUGCAAUACCACCACCACCACCACCAAUAGCAACAUCUGACCACAUUGAGAGUUCAUGGGGAGCACAAGCACCACCUCUUCUCCACCAUUAACAUAUCAAACUCAUGAACUUUCUAUCUCUAAAAACAACAGUAGGACUAGAGGUUCAUUAGUAGGAACUCCUUUCUCUGUUAGAAUCCCCACGAAAAAAAACGCAUUUAGUGAGAGAAGCGCACAUUCAGAGCUUACCCUUUCCGAUUCUGCACCUUCUUGUAUCUUUGUUGGUCCUAUUGAGACUGCUAGUAAAGAAACUCUUGAAGCCCUUUAUCGGCAAGCACGAGAUGCAUAUUAUAGUGGGAAACCAUUGAUUAUAGAUGAUAUGUUUGAUAAAGUAGAGCUAAAAUUGAGGUCUUAUGGUUCAAAAUAUGUCGUGAAGUAUCCCCGUUGCAGUCUAAGGCGGCAAUCGACGUAUGCUGAUGCUGAGGAAGAUCCUUCCCAGGUUUUAGUGUUAGCAAGCGUAUGGAUCUUGUUACUCUCAUUUGGCAGUUUCUCCCUUCUUUUACCUACGUUUUACACGGUUGGUCUGGCUUAUCGGGACACUUUCGAUUCUAGACUCUCUUCAUACGGCAUGGCGUCUCCAUUUGAGUCUCUUUCAAUGCUGAACAACUUUCUUUUCGUGGCAAUGGGAUUAUUGAUUGGUUAUCCAAUAGCAUCAGCUUCUGUUGCAGCACUUCAGCGACUGUGGAGGAAUGACUUGGUGGCAUUAAAGGGCUCUUGCCCAAGUUGUGGGGAGGAGGUAUUUGCAUUUGUGCGUGCGGACCAAUCAAAUAAAACACACCACAAAGCAGAUUGUCAUGUAUGCGAGAGCUCUCUAGAAUUCCGCACUAAAGUUGUGCAAACUGUUACGAAACCUAGUAGACAAUGGGUCUAUGGCCGCAUUUACUUGGUCAGACAGAGGAGAAAAAAUCUACGGCAAAAAUUGAUGUAGGGAGGCAUAUGCUUCUGUGACUUUCGAAAUGAAAAUAGAUUACACCACUGUGAAACUCAACUUCAAUUGAUGGAAUAAGAAGGAACUGAUAAGGCUUCAAUGUGAUUUUGGAAAUCAGAUAUUGCUUAGGUCAUCAGACUCAUUUCUAGAGUAUUCUUCUUUCUGUUUUUGUUUUUUCUUUUCCAGUUUACUUCCUUCGUGAUACAGUUCAGUUGCCCAGAACUUGUACUCCUACAUCAUUACUGAUCUCCACACACUGAACGGCUACCGAACUUGUUUUUUGUCUACUUAAAUUGCUUACACAGUUCGUGUA